AUGCAAAGCUUAUUUUUUCUUUUGAAGUUCUCAAUUCUUCUUACCGUAACGAAAACUGAUUAUAGAAAGAAAACGGUCGUGAAACCAGCAAGAAGAUCUCAAAAUGUCCGGAAACCGAAACUUGCUCCGAUUCCACAAAUUUUUCCGAAUCCACCCGAGGUAGAUGACGUGGAAAUGGGAAACGAAGAAGAGGAAGCAGCGCCAGAUCAAAAGCCAGUAGAAUUCGAUGACUUAAGACCGGCAGGGAACCACGAUUUAAAUGUUCAAAAAUCAGAUGCUCAAGCCAGUAUUCAGGGUAAUAAUCCAGCACAGAAUUUCAUUCAAAACUUGAAAUCAGAAGAAGGCGUGGAUCUAAUAAAUGGAAGCCUCCACCAAGGAACGCUGUUUAAUGGUCGAAUCGACUAUGCGGAUCUGGAUAAUGGUGAACAUCCAGAAUUUAUGGUUCCCAAUGGAAUUGAACCCCCAAUGCAACACAACAAACGACAUUCAGAACUCAGGCAAGGAAACGCAAAACGGCCUAAAAUCGAGAGACAGGAAGAACCAGAAAUUGCAAAUCCACCAGAGACCAAUGAAGUAAAAAUGAGAAAGCCAGAGGAAUUAGAAGGAUUGGGACCAACUGUUCACAAUGAUUUGAAUAUUCAAAAUCAAAAUGCUGAAGCCAUAGCUCAUGAUAACAAUGAAGCACAGAAUUUUGGUCAGAAUACCCGAAAUCGAGUGAAAAUCGAAGAUUUUGUGGAAGAGAUUCAGCAAGCUCCAGAAGUAAUUAUUCUGGACAAAGAAGCGGAAAUACGCUCGCUUUCAAUUAAUUUGGAGGACUCUUUCCAAGAGAAAGCGUUGAGAGCUGUACGUUUGUUCAAGGCUAAUGAUCAGUUAAUUCCGAUUCAAGACUUCAACCAAUUGUUCAGCAUCGUUCUGAAGAACGUGAAGAGUGGACGACUUCAAAAUCCAACUGGAACUUCAAUAAAAUUGUGUCUAUUAUUCAAGCAUCUCGCAAGAUCUUUGAUUCGACCUUUGGGAGAAUUUCUUAUGGCUGAUACACUGAAAGUUCUCGAAGAAGAGAUUGAGAAGCUUGAAGGAAGCGAAGAAAAGAUUCCAUUAAAACAGUUCAAGGCAAACUCGACGGACUGA